UUUCUGUUCCAAAAAAGCAAGUGUGCAUAAAAAUAUCAACAGAUUCAAAACAGAAACUGGAAAUUUCUAAAGACAACGCUGUCGCUGCUGCUGACCAUAGAUACCGAGAUAUGUGCUGAUUCCACCAAGGCCCUUCGGCGGAGAAACUCAGAACACACGCACUUAAAUUAUCGACAUCUUUCCCAUAAUUCUUCCUCUUAUCACCUCAAUUUGAAGUCGCAAGCUCCAAAGUUGCAAGAUGGCAGCAACAUCAGCAACCGCCUUUUCAGUUAUAUCCACUGUAUCUUCCGGCCCCAAAGUUGGCCAGGUGACUCACUCUAAGGCCGUGAGCAUCAAGUUUAACUCGAAAAACUGCCUCACGAGUUUCAGUGGCCUCAAAGCAAGUAACUCUGUCAACUGUGAAUCAGAAUCAUCAUCAUUCUUAGGCAAUGAAAGCUGUGCAACCCUUAGUGCCUCUUACUGUAGAGCUAUCCGAAAACGAAGCCAGAGAUGUUACAGUUAUGUCCAGCUUCAUGCAUUCUACAAAGUAGCCGUUCUUGGAGCUGCUGGUGGUAUAGGCCAGCCUCUCACCCUCUUAAUCAAGAUGUCACCACUCGUGUCCGCCUUGAAUCUAUACGACAUAGUGAAUGUCAAGGGAGUUGCUGCUGAUCUCAGCCACUGCAACACGCCAUCUCGUGUAUCAGGCUUCACCGGAGCUUCUGAGCUGGCGGAUUGCUUGAAAGGAGCUGAUGUUGUCGUGAUGACUGCUGGUGUUCCGAGGAAGCCAGGCAUGACCCGGGACGACCUCUUCAACACCAACGCCAGCAUAGUGAAGACCUUGGCGGAGGCCAUCGCUGACAACUGCCCUGAUGCCUUGAUUCACAUCAUCACCAACCCCUUGAACUCCACAGUGCCAAUUGCUGCUGAGAUUUUGAAACAGAAAGGGGUGUAUGAUCCCAAGAAGCUCUUUGGUGUGACAACUCUUGAUGUUGUGAGAGCUAACACAUUUGUUUCCCAAGAGAAGAACUUGAAGCUCAUUGACGUUGAUGUCCCGGUCAUUGGGGGCCAUGCGGGGAUUACUAUUCUACCCCUGCUGUCAAAGGCAAAGCCUUCUGUUACUUUCAGUGAUGAGCAAGUGCAAGAGCUGACAGUAAGGAUCCAAAAUGCCGGGACAGAGGUUGUGGAGGUGAAGGCCGGAGCAGGAUCCGCCACUCUCUCCAUGGCGUAUGCUGCAGCAAGGUUUGUUGAGUCUUCGCUGCGAGCUCUUGAUGGGGACAGUGACGUGUACGAGUGCGCCUAUGUUGAGUCCAAUAUUACUGAUCUCCCGUUCUUUGCUUCGAGGAUUAAGCUCGGGAGGAAGGGGGUCGAGGCCGUGAUUUCAUCGGAACUUCACGGACUAACCGAUUAUGAAAACAAGGCUUUAGAAGCUCUGAAGCCAGAGCUGAAGGCCAGUAUUGAGAAAGGUGUUGCUUUUGUUCAAAACCAACUAGUUACUGCUUAGCUUUUCACUGCAGUUGGUUUAAAGCAUAUCUAUCUUUUGCGAUUAAUAAAGCAGUUUUGUUUCCUAA